AUGUCAAGACAAAAUAGUUCUUCAUCUGUUUCACUCUCAAUUUCUUCAGUGAUUUUUUCCUCAACUCCCUUUGCUGGAUUCGAGUUUUCAGUAACACUAGUUGAUGAAUUCUGUUUAGAUCCAUCACCUGAACAAAAUUGUGCUAGAUCGUAUCUUGUUGGUGUUCGACCGAGAAAAAAUGGUAAAUUUGGAGCUGAAAUCAGACAUCCAAUCAAAAAGAAAAACAUUUGGUUGGGUACUUUUGGCAGUGUUGAUGAAGCUUCUGCAAGAUACAAGUCUAAGAAGCGCGAAUUUGAAGAAUUGAUCCUAGCUAAAAGAUCAAAAAGUGAUCAGAUUUCUGAAAAAUCUGACAAAAAUACUUGUUCGGGUGAUGGAUCUAAAAAGAAUUCAUCAAUGGGUGUUACUGAAAACUCGUAUCCACCAAAGGGAGUUGAGGAAAAAAUCACUGAAGAAAUUGGGAGAGAAACAGAUGAAGAACUAUUUAAGGGGACCUGGGUAAAAGUUUCAGAGGGCAGGGAAGUGAAAGUUUCACAUAAGUCAGGGGUUCCGGUUGUUGAUAACUACGGAUAUUUGGUUGGUGAAUUUAGUGCUAUAGAUGAUCUAAGCAUAGAUAAGUAAUUUUAUGGUCUAAAAAGGGGGAGGAAAGGGGUCCAGAAUAACAAUUUUAACUAUUGGGGGUACAAAUUUUAAUUAUGGGAACUUUCAAGGGCUUAGGUCUUUGAGAUUUGACUUUCGAUAUAACCUAUGUUGUUAUGUUAUAAUAAUUGUUAACUCAAUAGUUUAAUUCUUGAUGAAUGAAAUUUAAAAAAAUUAAAAAAAUAGUAUGGUGAUAGUACCCGAAAAUUUUAUUUCUCCAUUAUUAUUUAAAUCUAUUGCCUUUUUAUU